AUGAGGGGUCUCUGGGCCCUGGCGCUCGCCGGGCUCCUCAGCGCCUGCCAGGGGACGGAGCCGCUGCCAGCGCAAGGCUCCAGCCACCCCAAGAGCUGUCCCCACAGGCAGGUGUUCCCCCGGGGGCUGCCCCCCACCUUCACCCUGGUCCUCACCUUGCUGCUGAAGAAGAACAGCACCGGGGAGCACUGGCACCUCUUCCAGGUCACCGACCGCCAGGGAUACCCCCAGCUCUCCCUGUCCGUGCACGGCCCCGAGAGAAGCCUGGAGUUCCAGGCCCGGGCUCCGGGUGCCGACUUUGUCAGCGCCAUCUUCGCGGGCAAGGCCGUGGCGUCCCUGUUCGACGGGCGCUGGCACAAGGUGGUGCUGGCCGUGCAGGACCACGCCGUGUCCGUGCACCUGGACUGCGCCUCCAUCGCCUCCAAGCCUGUCCCUGAGUGUCUCCAAGUGUCCCUGAGUGCCCCUGAGUGUCCCCAAGUAUCCCUGAGUGCCCCCAAGUGCCCCCGAGUGUCCCUGAGUGCCCCCGAGUAUCUCCGAGUGUCCCUGAGUGUCCCCGAGUGCCCCCAAUGCCAGACGGAAGCGCCCAAGACCCGGCGGCAAGCGGAGCUGCUGCAGAGCAGCAACCUGAUCGAGAUGGUGCCGCAGCCCGAGGGCCGCGUCUUCACCCGCUGCUUCUGCCUGGAGGAGCCGCUGGGCACCGAGCCGGGCAGAACCUCGGCAAGGAUCAGCCCGCGGGACGAUCCCAAGGAAAAGUGCCCGCCCUGCCCGGCCCCGCUGGCACCGGGAAAUGUCACCCUCGGUCCCCCAGGCCCAAAGGGCACCAAGGGCGAGCGGGGCCUCCCUGGCACCGCCGGUGGCAAAGGGGAGAAGGGUGACCGUGGCACGGACUGUGUGCGCACCCACCCCGGCGGCCCCGUGCAGUGUGCCGAGGGGCCGCGGGGUGAGAAGGGGCAGCGUGGGCAGGUGUGGUUCGGCCCGCCCGGGGGUUCCCGCGGCUUCCGCUGCCCCGAGCCCGCGGCGGGAGCGGGAGCGGGAAUCGGGACCGGGAUCGGGGACCAAGGACCGGGAACGGGGCUCGGGAUCGGGGACCGGGAGCGGGAAUCGGGACCGGGAUCGGGGACCGGGAGCGGGAAUCGGGGACCGGGGACCAAGGACCGGGAACGGGGCUCGGGAUCGGGGACCGGGAGCGGGAACGGGGCUCGGGGUCGGGGACCGGGGACCGGGAACGGGGCUCGGGAUCGGGGACUGGGAGCGGGAAUCGGGGACCGGGGACCAAGGACCGGGAACGGGGCUCGGGAUCGGGGACCGGGAGCGGGAAUCGGGGACCGGGAGCGGGAAUCGGGACCGGGAUCGGUGACCGGGACCGGGGACCAAGGACCGGGAACGGGGCUCGGGAUCGGGGACCGGGACCGGGGACCAAGGACCGGGAACGGGGCUCGGGAGCGGGAAUCGGAGACCGGGAAUCGGGACCGGGGACCAAGGACCGGGAACGGGGACUGGGAUCGGGAAUCAGGGACAGAUCGGGAUCCGGGAGCGGGAUUGGGAUCCGGGAUCGGGGACCAAGGACCGGGAUCGGCAAUCGGGAUCGGGGAUGCGGACCGGGAUCGGGACCGGGGACCAAGGACCAGGAUGGGGAUUGGGAUCGGGACCGGGAACCAGGAUCAGGAUUGGGGACCGGGACUGGGACGGGGACUGAGGACCAGGAUCGGAAACCGGGGAUCGGGAUCAGGGACCGAGGAUCAGGAUCGGGACUGGGAUCGGGGACCAGGAUCGGGAAUCAGGGACCGGGAUCGGGAAUCAGUGACCGGGAUUGGGACGGGGACCGGGCACCAGGAUCAGGACCAGGGACCAAGUAUCAGGAUCAGGACUGGGAUGGGGGACCGGGAUUGGCACGGGGACCGGGGACCAGGAUCAGAAACGUGGACUAGGACUGGGAUCGGGGACCAGGAUCGGGACCGGAGGCCGGGAUCGGGAAUCGGGGACUGGGAUCAGGAUCGGGGACCGGGAACCAGGAUCGCAGACUGGGGAUCAGGAUCAGGAUUGGGAAUCGAGGAUCAGGAUCGAGGAACCGCGCCGCGCCGGCCGCCCCGUGGUGGCGGAGGGGCCCGCGGGGCCGCAGCGCAGCCGCCGCCGCCCGGUGUGAGCGUGGUCGGUGGGACAUCGGGGCCGGGGGGAUCCGGUAUGGUUGGAGGCAAGAUGGAGCCUGAGAACAAGUACCUGCCCGAGCUGAUGGCCGAGAAGGACAGCCUGGACCCGUCCUUCACGCACGCCAUGCAGCUCCUCACCGCAGGCCAGAUCCGGAUCCAGGCUGUGCGCUGCUGGCAGUGGGCAGGGCGGGGUGGCAAUGCCACCCUUGGCACCCAAACAGGGAUUAGGGAGGCUGAGGUCAUGGAGCUCCCGGUUCUCCAUCCCCGAGGAAUGCAGGGAUCUCCCGGNNCGCGGGGGAUCGGCCAGCCGGGACCUCAGGGAGACCCCGGGAGCAGCGGCCCCCCCGGACCCCCCGGCCCCCCCGGACCGCAGGGACCCCCGGGGAUGGCAGCAGAGAAAGGUGCCAAGGGAUCUCCGGGCCCCAAAGGUGCCACGGGACCCCCUGGAGCACCCGGGAGCAGCGUCACAGGACCCCCGGGCCCCGAGGGGCAGCGGGGGCUCCCCGGCCCCAGCGGGCAGCCGGGGGAGAAGGGCGCCCAGGGAGAGAAGGGAGACCCCGGCGAGUGCUCCUGCCCCUCCAGCCCUCGCCAGGAGCCCAGCUACAACGGGAUGCCGGGAGCGCCAGGAUUAUGGACCGGGAUGUCCUGGCAGCCCCAGCCUGGCCCGCAGGGUCCCCCCGGAGCUCCCGGCCCCCCCGGGCCGCCCGGUGCCCCCGGCCGCCAGGGAAUGCCGGGGCACAACGGCUUGCCCGGACUGCCAGGACCGGCCGGAGACCUGGGGCCUCUGGCCGUCAUGGCUGAGAGGAACAUCGAGGUGCUGAAGACUCUCUGCGGGGACUGUGCCCAGCUGCAGGCAGCCCUGGAAGCUCCCGGGGCAGCGGAGGGGGAGAAGGACGAUGGGGGCAUGCCAGGCGCCCCUGGCAGCGAGAACUGUGCCAGGUGCUUGGCGCAGCUCCCGCGGGCAGAGGAGGCUCGGGGUGACAGCCCGGACUGCGCGGGUCACCCGGGGCUGCCGGGAGCGCCGGGGAUCCCGGGAGAGCGAGGAGAGCAGGGCUCCCCAGGGCUGCGCGGACCUCCAGGACCACCCGGACCCAUCGGCCCCCCAGGCUUUCCCGGAACGCCGGGCGCACCCGGACUGCCCGGUCUCCAAGGGGAGCGUGGCCCCACCGGGCUGGCCGGAGCCAAAGGGGAGCCGGGACCUCCAGGACAACCCGGCUACCCCGGGGCCACGGGGCCCCCCGGCCUUCCUGGCAGCAAAGGAGAGCGAGGCUAUGUGGGUCCCCCCGGCGAGAAAGGGGAGCUGGGCCCCCCCGGCGUGGACGGGCUGCCCGGUCCCGUGGGGCCAGCGGGUCCCAGGGGCGAGCGCGGGCUCCCGGGAAGCGCCGGGGAGAAGGGGGACCAGGGUUUCCAGGGCCAGCCUGGCUUCCCGGGACCGCCGGGUCCCCCUGGUUUCCCAGGAAAGGCCGGUCCCGCUGGGCCGCCCGGGCCCGUGGCAGAGAAGGGCAGCGAGGGCGUGCGCGGCCCCGCGGGCAUGCCAGGGCCCCCCGGGCCCCCCGGACCCCCGGGAAUCCAGGGCCCUGCUGGCUUGGAAGGCCUGGACGGCAAGGAUGGCAAGCCAGGGCUGCGGGGUGACCCCGGCCCCCCUGGACCACCAGGGAUGAUGGGUCCUCCGGGCUUCAAGGGCAAGACAGGGCACCCAGGGCUCCCAGGACCGAAGGGUGACUGCGGCAAACCCGGCCCCCCGGGGAUCACGGGCCGGCCGGGAGCCGAGGGUGACCCCGGACCCAUGGGACCCCAAGGCCGGCAGGGACCCCCAGGGCUGAUGGGUCCCCCCGGCAGCCCGGGACAGCCGGGACUCGCUGGGAUCGCUGGGGUGGGGCUGAAGGGCGAGCGCGGCUCCGUGGGCGAGCGGGGUCUGCCGGGAAUGCCGGGCCAGCCGGGACCCCCGGGACACCCGGGACCGCCGGGAGAGCAGGGACCCGACGGGCCCGUGGGGAAGGAGGGACCCCCAGGAAAACCGGGCACGGCGGGGCCGGCCGGACAGAAGGGUGACGCUGGAGCCCCCGGCGAGCGGGGCUACCCCGGGGAGAAGGGCAGAGCCGGAAUGCCCGGGGGACCGGGCAAAAGCGGCUCCAUGGGGCUGGUGGGGCCGCGGGGACCCGCGGGGGAGAGGGGACCCCCGGGCUCGCCGGGCCCCGCGGGCAGCCCCGGCCUCCCGGGACCCCCGGGGAUGAUGGGAGAUGUGGUGAAUUACGACGAGGUCAAGAGGUUCAUCCGGCAGGAGCUGAACAAGAUGUUUGACGAGCGGAUGGCGUAUUACACCUCCCGGCUGCACUUCCCGGUGGAGAUGGUGGCAUCCCCGGGCAGGCCCGGUCCCCCCGGGAAGGACGGGCUGCCCGGCCGGCCGGGACCCCCCGGCUCCCCGGGUUUGCCGGGUCAGAUCGGCAGAGAGGGGCGGCAGGGCGUCCCGGGCAUGCGGGGCGAGCCGGGUGCCAAAGGCGAGAAAGGCGAGAAGGGCGUGGGGCUGAUGGGGGACAGCGGCCCCCCGGGACCCCCAGGUCCCCAAGGACCACCAGGCUACGGCAAGAUGGGUCCCCCGGGCCCCGUGGGGCAGCAGGGCAUCCCGGGCAUCCCCGGUCCCCCCGGUGCCACCGGGCAACCGGGCAAGACAGGGCACUGCAGCCCCGCCGAGUGCCUGGGGGCCGUGCCCAUGGAGCAGCCGCUCUUCCAGCCCAAGAACGUCAAGGGUCCCUUCGGCUGAGCGGCCCCGCGCCCCCCGGGCCCCCCGAAUUUGCUGUUAAUAUUGUUAAUUGUGUUUCCCCGCUGUGCCGGGGCCGUGCCGGUGCCGGGGGGCUCGGGGGUUGUACAGCUCCGUGGCGAUCGCGGUGGGGCGGGUGGAUCCUGCCCCAAAAAUACACCAGUGCUGGUGCC